CCACAGAGGCGGGGGCUGAGUCCAGUCUCCACGCACACUUUACAUACACUCCUCCGGGGCGCAGGACGCACGGAGACGCGCAAAGGCACCAGAGCCACCAGAUUUCAACAUUGAACGACAAUUCCUCUAAAGUUUACCCGUAGAAAAGUUUGCUUUGUUUUCUGGCUGCGAUUCUUUCUACCUUAAACUCAGGUUGUUGUUGUUUUUUUUUUAUUUUCUCUGGCGAACCGGAGGUGCGUUUCUUAUGAUGCUCGGAUUUCGCAGGAGUGUUUGCUCAACGCUAUGGAUACAUAAUGUGAGGAUUUGUGUCGGAAUAACCAAAGAGGCUGCGUAAAGGAAAAGCUGAACUCCCCAGUGUGACCAGUGAAGCUCGAUUCAGUCCCCCAAAGUGCGGAAUAUGGGGCCGUCAUCGACCCUGCUUCUCAUUGCUUGUUUGGGUUGGGCUGGAGGUUCCUCUCUAGACGGCCGGUCGAGCCACCUCUCCUUGGAGAAAACCUUCGGUCGGUCCCUGAAAGACUCCCAGUGCCAACACAUGCUGAAGCACCUUCACAAUGGAGCCCGCAUCACUGUGCAGAUGCCUCCCAACGUAGAGGGUCACUGGGUGUCCACCAGCUGUGAGGUGAGACCAGGUCCAGAGUUUCUGACGCGCUCGUAUCGCUUCUACUCCAACAACACCUUCCAGGCCCACCAGUUCUACUACGAGGACAAUCACUGCACCAAACCCACCUACACGCUGGUAAUCCGCGGCCGCCUGCGCUUACGUCAGGCCUCCUGGAUCAUUCGUGGUGGAACCGAGGCGGAGUACCACCUCCACCGUGUCCAGAUGGUGUGUCACACAGCCACUGUGGCCAAAGAGCUCAGCCUUAGGCUGAACCGCAGCUGCCGAGGGGCCGUGAAGGACUCCUGGGAGCCCAGUGUGAUCUACGAGCUGUGGAGCGAGGAGGGAGGCUACGACUGCUCCAGGGAGCUCAACUUUGCCAUGCACGAGUUGCAGCUGCUGCGGGUGGAGAAGCAGUACAUGCAUCACAAUCUGGAUCACCUGGUGGAGGAGCUGUUUCUAGGGGACAUCCACACUGAGCCGUCCCAGAGGUUGUACUACAAGCCGUCCAGCUACCAGACCGCCCUGCAGAACGCCAAGAAUCACGACCACGGCUGCAUCGCCUGUCGCAUCAUCUACCGCUCAGAUGAGUUCCACCCUCCCAUCCUGCCGCCGCGGGCCGACCUGACUGUCGGUCUGUACGGCCAGUGGGUGAGCCAGCGCUGCGAGGUUCGCCCCGAGGUCCUCUUCCUCACCCGUCACUUCAUCUUCCACGACAACAACCACACCUGGGAGGGUCACUACUACCACUACUCCGACCCCGUCUGCAAGCACCCCACCUUCACCAUCUACGCCCGCGGACGCUACAGCCGAGGGCUUCACUCCACCCGCGUCAUGGGAGGGACGGAUUUUGUCUUUAAAGUGAACCACAUGAGAGUGACGCCCAUGGACUUCGCCACCACCUCCCUCCUCAACGUCUUCAGCGGUAACGAGUGUGGCGCAGAGAGGUCCUGGCAGAUCGGAGUGGAGCAGGAUGUCACUGUCACCAACGGCUGUGUUGCACUGGGCAUCCGGCUCCCCCACACGGAGUACGAGCUCUUCCGCAUGGAGCAAGACGCCCACGGCCGCUACCUACUCUACAACGGCCAGCGUCCCAGCGACGGCUCCAGCCCGGACCGGCCGGAGAAGCGGGCAACCUCUUACCAGAUGCCUCUGGUCCAGUGUUCAGCAAGCAGCCAGUCAUCAGACUACAGCCACGGGGACGACAGCGACAGGCCUCUGCGGCUUCACAAUGACUGCACAGGACGGCACAGAGGCAGCCAGGAACACGUCAUGGUGGUUCUUGUUGCGUUUUUUAUGUCUCUGUUUCUAUGCUGGCAAAGCUAGAGAGCAGUUUGAGCUUUUUCUACACCGAGACACAACAGGACGAGAGUGUGGAUUACAAGAGGUCUCUAACUGUACGGGGAGACAGCUUGUUAAAACUGAUGCGGAGGAGGAUGAAAACUGGUCUCCUAAAUCCUCUGAACUCCUUCCCAGCUACCAAAGACUUGACCGCUGCACCACAGAAACUGCACUUUAGAGUGGAUCCAAAGACCUGUCUGUGUUUCCACAAAUAUACAAAGAUUUCUAUAUAUCCACACAGACCUGAGAGUACGUUUUAUAAAGUGUAUUUACAACUACAACUAUCAAGUCAUUUCUUGUUUUUUUGUUUUUUUUACUGCAAAAAGAUGCUAUUUUAUCUGUGGAAACAUUUUCUGUGAUGAACUCUUUGACAAUAAGCUCCCUGUCUGGAGGAGAUAUGCUUGUGGAUCGUCACCGUUCAAAGUGAAAGGGAACUACUUUACUUGUAUUAAAAACAGUUUCUUUAAAUAUAACCUUACAAAAUGAUGAACUCCGCAGCAGUUACAGUACGUCAUCUAUUCCACAUAAAGAUCAUAUUUUGGAUACAAGAGAAUUCUUUCAUCUGCAGUUAGUUAUCUUCUGUGCGUCGUAUAGAGAAACAGUUUUACAGCCUCACUGCUAAAACAGCUGCAUCUUCACUGGCCUACACCUGACCUUGUUUUUCUAUUGGGGCUAUUCUGAAAUUGUCAUACUUUUGGGUGGGAAACUGCACCUGGAACAUAAAUUUAACAUUGCCUCAAUAUGAAGGCAUGAAGACUUCAGUUAUACUGUAAAACUUAAAAUGAAACCAAAAAAAAAAGACACUUAACUUUAAAUUUUGUGUUUAAAAAAUCACAAAAUAAUCAAAUUAAUGAACUGUGAUCCACUGUUAUGCAUUUCAUUAGACAAAAUGCUUCAUGUGAAAAAUGUUUUUAAUUACAAUUUGCUUGUAAUCACUAAAAUAGCAGAAUUUGCAAAACAAUAUUGUAUGAUUUCACUACAUGCUGUUAACCAGAAUAUUGAUUUGUGUCCCAGUCUUGUGUGUGCUGAACUAUAUUACAUCAAUGUUUUUCAUAAAAUAGUUUAAAAUUUGAUCAAAUAUGGCAUUUUGUGGGUAUUUACAGCUACAGUUGUUUUUUUUUUGGUUGAUAGAAACACACAAAGGGACCAAAAUACAUGCAUUUAAAUCCUGUUUCAGGGCUGAUUGUAGCUGCACUCCAAAAAUAUCACAUAUCAAGUAAUAACACUAUCAUUUACUUAUAGUAGUCUACUUGUAGUGAACUAUCUCAGCAGUCGUUGCAAGAAAUGAACAGUCAAAAAACUACAGGCCAAUAUCAACUUGCUAACAGGAAAAUCUUUCAGGGAUUGCACAAGCUGACAUCAUAUCAAACUGCAACUUUGGAACUACUAUUAGUUUCAAAUGUGAAAUCAUCACAACUUUUAAUUUGUUUUUAGCUUUAUUUUAGGUGUGACAAGAGCUACUGCAUGGCCAUCUGCCUUUUGUUACUUUUCCAGCCAUAAACACACCCACCCUAUCUGUUACAUGUUGUAAUGUGGAACAGUUGGCGUCCAUGCACCAAAGAAACUGAGCGACUAUAGUGUGUGUGUGUAUAUAUAUAUAUAUAUAUA